AUGAAAGAGUUUUUGGAGCUGGUCAAUCGGUACUUUCACAUUCGCGUGGCCCAUUCGGAGCUGGUGGGCUUCUGGUCUGCGGAGCUGGGUGCAAUGAACAAGGUCGUCCAUAUCUGGAAGUAUGAUAAUUUUGCCCACAGAACAGCAGUCCGAACUGCACUGGCCAAUGACAAAGACUGGCAGGGAAAGUUCCUUUCUCCAGCUCUUGCCUGUAUAGAGAAACAACAUAAUGAAGUUGCUUAUCUGGUACCCUGGUGUCAACUUGGGAAGCCUCCAAAGGAAGGCGGAGUGUAUGAAUGGGUUACUUUUCAGAUGAAACCUGGUGGGCCAGCUCUGUGGGGUGAAGCAUUUCGAGCUGCAAUCAGCACUCACAUCAACACAGGCUACACUAAGCUGAUCGGUGUUUUCCACACAGAAUAUGGGUUACUUAAUACAGUCCAUGUGGUCUGGUGGAAUGAGAAUGCAGACGACCGGGCAUCGGGAAGGCACAAGGCCCAUGAAGAUGCCAGAGUGGUAGCAGCUGUGCGGGAAAGUGUCCGAUUCCUGGAGACCCAACAAAAUAUGCUGCUGGUUCCUGUGCCUUGUUCGCCACUCAAGUAGCCUUCUGCUAAA